UGGGUCUGUGACAGUGUCCAGCGGGGCCCGGUCCGUGUCCAGUCCCCCCAAGUCUUCCGUCCCUGGCCCCAGAGGGAGUCCGGCUGCCCUCGGGGCUCGCGUAUUGGCAUCAACUAAAGUCAGAAUUCCCAGGAACUUAAACAGAGGCUUGCAGUAAUUACUGCUCUGGCUUUCUAGAGAUAACCCCAAAGAAGCCUGCAAAUAGGAGACCAGAGACAGGAGCUUCUGGCCUUACCCAUGGAAACUCAGGCUGAUCAUGCAUCUCAGGAACCUCAGGCCCUGCUUGAGAGUGCUCUUCCUUCCUCCAAAGUUCCUGCAUUUUCCAACAAGGACAGUCUGGGGGAUGAGAUGUUGGCAGCUGCACUCCUAAAGGCCAAGUCCCAGGAAUUGGUGACAUUUGAGGAUGUAGCUGUGUACUUUAUCCGGAAGGAGUGGAAGCGUUUGGAGCCUGCUCAGAGGGAUCUCUAUAGAGAUGUGAUGCUGGAAAAUUAUGGGAAUGUGUUCUCACUGGAUGGUGAGACCAGAACUGAGCAUGAUCAAGAAAUUUCUGAAGAUACAGGAUCACAUGGGAUGCUCUUGGGAAGAUUCCAAAAGGAUAUUUCUCAGGGUCUUAAGUUUGAAAACGCCUAUGAAAAAGAAGUCAGUCUAAAGAAGCAGCUGGGGGACUCUUCUGGAGAAAGACUGCAUAGGAAGAUACAAGAUUUUGGUCAAGUGACAGUUGAGGAAAAGCUAACCCCUAUGGGAGAGAGAAGUGAGAAAUACAAUGAUUUUGGGAACAGCUUCACUGUGAGUUCCAACCUUAUUUCACAUCAGAGACUUCCUGUAGGAGACAGACCCCAUAAAUGUGAUGAAUGUAGCAAGAGCUUUAAUCGAACUUCAGACCUUAUUCAACAUCAGAGAAUCCACACUGGGGAAAAGCCCUAUGAAUGUAGUGAAUGUGGGAAGGCUUUCAGCCAGAGCUCACAUCUGAUACAGCAUCAGAGAAUCCACACUGGAGAGAAACCUUAUGAAUGUAAUGAUUGUGGGAAGACCUUCAGUUGUAGCUCUGCUCUCAUUCUACAUCGAAGGAUCCACACUGGAGAGAAACCUUAUGAAUGUAACGAGUGUGGGAAAACCUUUAGCUGGAGCUCCACCCUUACUCAUCAUCAGAGAAUCCACACUGGAGAGAAACCGUAUGCUUGUAACGAAUGUGGGAAAGCCUUCAGUAGGAGCUCCACCCUCAUUCAUCACCAGAGAAUCCACACUGGAGAGAAGCCCUAUGAAUGUAAUGAGUGUGGGAAGGCUUUCAGCCAGAGCUCACACCUCUAUCAGCACCAGAGAAUCCACACUGGAGAGAAGCCCUAUGAAUGUAUGGAAUGUGGAGGAAAGUUUACGUAUAGUUCAGGCCUUAUUCAGCAUCAAAGAAUCCACACAGGGGAGAAUCCCUAUGAAUGUAGUGAGUGUGGGAAAGCCUUUAGGUAUAGCUCAGCUCUUGUUCGUCAUCAAAGAAUUCACACUGGAGAGAAGCCUUUGAACGUAAUGGGAAUGAGCAAAAGUUCUCUCAGAGUUACUGCUGAAUUAAAUAUGAGAGAGUCUACAUGAAAGAGAGCUACACACCUGUUUUUCUCACUUCCUCUUGAGUCUAAAGAGCUCCUGCCUUACUAUAAAAGUAUGAACAACUUAGUGUGUGUCCCAACACAAAACUUUCACUUUAGAGACUGGGGCAAAUUGGGCAAAUCAUCCUGGCACAGUGAUUAGCAAACUAGUCAGUUUCCCCAGGAACAAUACCAGCCUUGAAAAAUUAGGAGGCAAGCAGCAGAUGAAGUGCUGGGAACAGAGAGAAGCUCAAUCACCUUCCACUAUGGACGGGAGUUUGCACUAGACCAUAUUUCUAACACCAAGGGAGCCUUUCUUACCAAGGUGGGGAUGGAAGCACAAUAGGAAUAAAAUUGUAAGGAUUCCUCUAGUUGGAGUCAGUAUAGUCAGCACAGAAGGCAAUGGAAAGCAUGUUCUGAGUCCUGUUACUUGCUAACAAAGGGAAAAGGAGGCUGUAUUUGGAAGCCACUUCCUAAUCCAGCUUUAAGUUUUGAUAAGGAAAUAGCAGUGCUGAGGGAUCUGUUAUUUGAUUGGGGGUGAGGAGGGGCAAAAGAGGUUUCCAUUGGUAACUAUCCUUUAUGGCUUUUGGAGCAGCAAGACCAAGUUUCCGAGAGCAGUCUGGCAAUUUUGGAGAAUCCCUGGUCGUUCCAUGUUGUGAUAGGACUAAUUGGGAAAUGCAUCUAAUCAGUGAGUCUAGCAUGACUGAGGAAGUGGAUCAAAAGCAUUUAGCAUUGGCCUCUGUUUUCUUUCCUCUUCUCUCCCUCUUCCUCUCAUCUCAUCACUCCUGUGAUACAAAAUGAUUUAAUUCAAACCCCCAGUGACUAAGGAUGCUUUCAAGGAGCUCAUUCAGCCAGCUUGCCCUGCCCUCUGUCACCUAUGACCUGUGACAUCUGGCCCCAGCAGCCACACCUCUCCUGACCCCACUUCUGACUUCAACAGCAGAGUAUGAAUGCAAACAGCAAAGCCCAGAGAAUGAAGGCUCUGGUCUGAGCCUGGCGGCAGGGCUCCUUGCUGGGUUAGGAUGGAGUUUUCCCAGCUGAAGGGAUGACCUUUCAUGUUUUCCCAAUCCUGCUCAUCCUGUAGCAUAAAUGAAGUGCACUAUUAAACAGAAUAGUUUUUCAGAA